AGGAAAUACAGGUACACUCACGAAAAUUCUACUUUUACGGAGGACCAAAAGUUGUUCUACGAAAAAAACGGAUACAUAGUGAUAAAAAACAACGUUAGCCAUGUGUUGCUGGAUAAAUUAUUACAGAGAUUCAUUGAUAUUUGUGAAAAUAAUGUUGAAGACUCUAUCACUUCUCUAAUCAAGGAUCCUGUCCUGAAAAAAAAAGGUGCCAAAGGACAAUAUCUUGUCAAUAAAAUACAAGAUUUUCUAUAUGACCCUGUCCUGUGGGAUUAUGCAGUUGACAAAGAUGUUCUCGAUAUCGUGGAGAACAUUAUAGGACCAAAUAUAACUGGAAUGCAUUCCAUGGUAAUCAACAAACCGCCAGAUAGUGAUCCAGAUAUCUCCAAACAUCCUUUGCAUCAGGACUUGAACUAUUUCCCAUUUCGUCCUGCAGACAAGAUAGUAGGUACUUGGACAGCAAUGGAGGAUGUCAAUGAGAAAAACGGAUGUCUCUAUGUUGUGCCAGGAUCUCACAAACUCGACCAACUAUAUCAGCAUGAAUACCCCAAGGGCCAGAAACACUUUCUGUACCUUGGAAUCCAAGGAAUGGAUCAUCUUCCAAGAGUUAACGUUAUAAUGGAAAAAGGUGAUACAAUAUUUUUCCAUCCCUUAUUAUUUCACGGGUCGGGUCAGAAUUCGACAAAGGGAUUUAGGAAAGCAAUAUCAUGUCAUUAUGCAGCGUCCGACUGCCACUAUAUAAAUGUUGAAAAUACGAUACAAGAAGGUCUUGCCAGAGAGGUCACUGCUUUGCUGAUGAAAACGAUGAACUUCACAAGUUCGAAUGGUAUCAGUGUUUUCAAUGAAUAUUUCAGGUUGAAAAGUAGAAUCGCUAGAGGACGCCCAGGAAAUCUCCAGAAACUGACUUGCCAUCUGUGACCAUGAAAAAUGGUCGAAUAUUAUAUGAUACCUUUAUCAAAUCACUGUUUGUUGUACCUAUUAUGGUGAUGAAUUAAAAACUUGUAAGCUUUA